AUGAAGAAUCCACAGUUGAGAUUUACCUUACUAGUCGUGUUCAUGCUCAUGUUUAGUAGGAGAGGGCAUUCGGAGGAUCAAUCCGGUGGUCCAGACACAAGCAUACUCUGCAUCAGCGAUUGUGUCACUUGUCCAGUCAUAUGUUCAUCGCCACCUUCGCCAUCAGUAGCAAAAUCACCACCACCCCAAUUACUCCUUCCACCACCACCACAGCGGCGACUGCCACCACCACCACCGCCGCCAGUAGCAUUAGAAGAACCACCAAUAAUAUACCCAACACCCACUUCACCAUUGGUGCCGCCACCAAAAGUUUUGGAGUCGCCUCCGCAGUCAUACUAUCAUGCACCACCACCGAGGAAGACACCGCCGCCAUCUCCACCACUUGCAUGGACGUGGAUCUUUCCUCCACCGCCACCUCAGACCAGAAGUAAUAACUUCCCUUCUAUUCAGGUUCCUAAUGCAGGCCAAGGCAAUAAUCCUUCCAAUCCUUACUAUUAUUACUUCAAUGGAUCAAAUGCAGCCUCUUCUCUUCAUUCUACAUUCUUUACCAACCUGUUAUUGGUAGUAGUUGCACUUUUAGCAGCUUCUUCCUGCUGGGAAAAUGUUUAAUGAUUCAAUCAGAUUUAUUAGAUUGUACUAAACCAUCUGUUAUAUACAUUGUUCAUA